GAUUGAGAGAGAGAGACAGAGAGAGUAUGGAGGGGGCUGAGAGAGGGAGAUAGAGGGAGAGAGAGACGGCUGACAGCCAAGGACAGGACACGGGAGGAGGAGGGGUAGAGCAGCGGCGGUGUGUUUUCUCUGGGUCUCGUCAGUGCCACAGCGUUGUGCGCGUCAUAGAGAGGUGACAGCGGGUUCUACCUGCUGGUCCCAGCUCAGCUGCUGCUGCUGCUACUGGAGGGAAACCACAACAACUAGAAGGGGGACACUCAACAGGGAGCUGCAGCAAUGGCCAGCCAGCAGGAUUCAGGCUUCUUUGAAAUCAGCAUCAAAUCCCUGCUGAAAUCAUGGAGCGGCACCUCGCCCGUGGGGAACGGAUACAGUAAACCCUCCAUCCCUCCAGUCUGCUGUCCUCAGGGAGAGAAGGGUCCCCCAGCCAUGAUGCCCAUCAGCAUCGACCCAGAGAGCAAGCCGGGCGAGUACGUCCUCAAGAGCCUGUUCGCCAACUUUACCACACAGUCGGAGCGCAAGAUCCGCAUCAUUAUGGCUGAGCCGCUGGAAAAGCCAUUGACAAAGUCACUGCAGAGGGGUGAAGAUCCUCAGUUUGACCAAUUGAUAAGCACCAUGAGCUCCUUGGCUGAGUACUGCCUCCCCUCCAUCCUGCGCACUUUGUUUGACUGGUACAAGAGACAGAACGGACUAGAGGAAGAGCUGCACGAGUACCGCCCCAGAGCCAACACCAAGUCCAAAAAUGAUGAGCAGCAGAGGGAUUACCUACUUGAAAGGAGGGAUUUGGCUAUUGACUUCAUCUUCUCUCUUGUACUUAUAGAAGUUUUAAAACAGAUGCCGCUCCAUCCGGUCCUCGACACUUUGGUCAAUGAAGUUAUUAACUUGGCCUUUAAGCACUUUAGAUACAAAGAGGGAUACCAUGGUCCUAACACUGGCAACAUGCACACUGUAGCAGACCUCUAUGCAGAAGUCAUAGGAGUAUUAGCCCAGUCCAAGUUUCCUGCUGUGAAGAAGAAGUUUAUGACUGAGCUAAAGGAGCUGAGGCAGAAAGAGCAGAGUCCCUACGUAGUCCAGAGUACCAUCAGUCUCAUCAUGGGGGUCAAGUUCUUCCGCGUUAAGAUGUAUCCUGUCGAGGAUUUUGAAGCCUCUUUUCAGUUCAUGCAGGAGUGUGCCCAGUAUUUCCUGGAAGUCAAGGACAAGGACAUUAAGCACGCCUUGGCUGGCCUCUUUGUAGAAAUUUUAGUUCCUGUUGCAGCAGCUGUGAAGAAUGAGGUGAACGUACCCUGUCUGAGGAACUUUGUGGAGAGUUUAUACGACACAACCCUGGACUUGUCCUCAAGAAAGAAGCACUCGCUGGCUUUUUACCCGCUGGUGACAUGCCUGCUGUGCGUCAGCCAGAAACAGUUCUUCCUCAACAGAUGGCAUGUUUUCCUCAACAACUGCCUCUCCAAUCUCAAGAGUAAAGAUCCUAAAAUGGCCCGUGUUGCUCUGGAGUCCCUGUAUCGUCUGCUAUGGGUCUACAUGAUCAGAAUCAAGUGUGAGAGCAACACUGCAACCCAGGGUCGCCUCAACACCAUUGUUACGACCCUUUUCCCCAAAGGAUCACGCAGUGUGGUGCCCAGAGACAUGCCCCUCAAUAUCUUUGUAAAAAUCAUACAGUUUAUUGCACAGGAAAGACUUGAUUUUGCCAUGAAAGAGAUUAUCUUUGACCUUCUUUGUGUUGGAAAACCUGCAAAAGCCUUUAGUCUUAAUCCCGAGAGAAUGAAUAUUGGUCUGAGAGCAUUCCUGGUCAUAGCUGAUAAACUGCAGCAGAAGGAUGGCGAGCCUCCCAUGCCCAACACUGGUUGCAGUUUGCCCUCUGGGAACACACUCCGAGUGAAGAAGACCUACCUAAGCAAAACUCUGACAGAUGAUGAAGCCAAAGUCAUUGGUAUGUCACAGUAUUACUUUCAAGUCCGGAAGGCUAUUGACAACAUCCUCCGACACCUGGAUAAGGAGGUGGGGCGCUGCAUGAUGAUGACUAAUGUUCAGAUGUUGAACAAGGAGCCUGAGGACAUGAUCACGGGUGAAAGGAAGCCCAAGAUCGACUUGUUCAGGACGUGUGUCGCUGCCAUCCCUCGGAUCCUGCCUGAUGGGAUGUCCAAGCCAGAGCUGAUAGACCUGCUCUCUCGGUUGACAAUCCACAUGGACGAUGAGCUACGACUCAUAGCCCAGAAUUCCUUGCAGAGUCUCCUGGUGGAUUUCUCCGACUGGCGUGACGAGGUCUUGUUUGGCUACACCAACUUCCUGUUGCGUGAGGUCCAAGACACCCACCAGGGAAUGCUAGAUACGUCUCUCAAACUGCUGCUGCAGCUGCUCACACAGUGGAAACUAACACUGGCCACCCCAGGGAAGAGCUAUGACACUGCGAAGCUGCUGCAGUCGAGUGCGAGUCACAGGGUCCCUGCGGAGCGGAGCCCCCACUCCACUGUGCUGCACGCCGUGGAGGGACUAGCGCUGGUGCUGCUGUGCUCCUGUCAGCUGAGCACCCGCAGGCUCGCCAUCGCCAUCAUGAAGGAGAUUCGCAGUCUUUUUAUGACGAUUGGACAGUCUGAGGAUGAUGAUAAACCUAUGAUCGAGGUUAUGGACCAGCUCAGCUCUGUAAUCCUGGAAAGUUUUGUCAAUGUGGCAGUUUCUGACACAGCCACCAUGCCAACAGGCCACCAUGUGGAUCUUCAGUGGCUGGUGGAGUGGAAUGCGCUGCUGGUCAACAGUCACUACGACAUCAGGAGCCCCUCGCACGUGUGGAUCUUUGCCCAAUCUGUGAAGGACCCCUGGGUGCUGUGUGUGCACAGCUUCCUCCGCCAGGACAACCUGCCGAAGCACUGUCCCACCGCGCUCAGCUACGCCUGGCCCUACGCCUUCACCCGAAUGCAGCUGCUCAUGCCCUUGGUGGACCCGAAUAACCCGGUGUAUGCGAAGAAGACGAGCACCUCCGGCAGUGGUGACAGUUACGUGACACUGUGGAGGAACUAUCUCAUCCUUUGCUUUGGUGUGGCCAAGCCCAGUAUCAUGAGCCCCGGCCAUCUGAGAGCGUCGACACCUGAGAUCAUGGCCGCCACACCUGACAGUGGUGUCAGCUACGAUACCAAGGUAAUUGGGAGUCCAUCUGUGGCUUGGCUGCUGAAACAGUUGGUACCACUGAUGAGGGCAGAGAGCAUUGAGCUGACUGAAUCAUUAGUCCUGGGCUUUGGUCGCACCAACUCCCUCGUUUUCAGGGAACUCGUGGAGGAGCUACAUCCACUAAUGAAAGAGGCGCUGGAAAGAAGACCAGAGAAUAAGAAGAGGCGGGAGCGGCGAGACCUCCUGAGGCUGCAGCUGCUGCGGAUCUUUGAGCUGCUGGCCGACGCAGGCGUCAUCAGUGACAGUACAAAUGGGGCUCUGGAACGUGACACCCUGGCCCUGGGCGCUCUGUUCCUGGAAUAUGUGGACUUAACCCGGAUGCUUCUGGAAGCGGAGAAUGACAAAGAUGCAGAUAUACUCAAGGACAUUCGAGCUCACUUCAGCGCCAUGGUGGCCAACCUCAUCCAGUGUGUGCCAGUGCACCACAGGCGUUUCCUGUUCCCACAGCAGAGCCUUCGGCAUCACCUCUUCAUCCUCUUCAGUCAGUGGGCUGGUCCUUUCAGCAUUAUGUUCACCCCACUUGACCGCUACAGUGACAGGAACCACCAGAUCACUCGAUACCAGUAUUGUGCUCUGAAGGCUAUGUCUGCUGUGCUGUGCUGCGGGCCAGUGUUUGAUAACGUUGGCCUCUCUCCAGAUGGAUACCUCUAUAAGUGGCUGGAUAAUAUACUAGCCUGCCAGGAUCAGCGGGUUCACCAGCUUGGCUGUGAGGUGGUCAUUCUGCUCCUGGAGCUCAACCCCGACCAGGUCAACCUUUUCAACUGGGCUGUGGAUCGCUGCUACACAGGCUCCUACCAGCUCGCCUCGGGCUGCUUCAAAGCCAUAGCUACUGUCUGUGGCAGCAGGAACUACCCAUGUGAUAUAGUGACACUGCUGAAUCUGGUGCUUUUUAAGGCGUCAGACACCAACAGAGAAAUCUAUGAGAUUUCAAUGCAGCUAAUGCAGAUUCUUGAAGCUAAGCUCUUUGUAUAUUCUAAGAAGAUCGCAGAGCAGAAGCCCAGCAGCAUCCUCUAUGGCACCCACGGACCACUGCCACCCCUUUACAGCGUCUCCCUGCCUCAACUCUCCAGCCAGCUGGCCAGGAUGUACCCUGAGCUCACACUUCCUCUAUUCUCAGAGGUUAGCCAGAGGUUCCCCACCACCCAUCCCAACGGGAGACAGAUCAUGUUAACCUACCUCCUGCCAUGGCUCACAAACAUCGAGCUGGUGGAUAGCGGCCUGCUGCUGCCAGCCGCCACGCAGUGCAACCCGGAUUAUGAGGUUUCCAGUCGCACAAACAGCUCGGGGUCCCACCAGCUGAAGGGCACCGGGUGGGGCUCCCUGCAUGCCACAUCCAUGGUUCUCAACAACCUCAUGUACAUGACUGCAAAGUAUGGGGACGAUGUACCUGGACCAGAGAUGGAAAAUGCCUGGAAUGCAUUAGUCAGCAAUGAGAAGUGGAGCAAUAAUCUGAGAACCACACUCCAGUUUCUCAUCAGCCUGUGCGGCGUCAGCAGUGACACCACCCUGCUGCCCUAUAUCAAGAAGGUAGUAAUCUAUCUGUGUCGGAACAACACCAUCCAAACCAUGGAGGAGCUGAUAUUUGAGUUACAACAGACUGAUCCGGUCAAUCCUGUGGUGCAGCACUGUGAUAGCCCUCCUUUCUAUCGCUUCACUGCCACCAGCAAGGCCUCGGCAGCCGCCUCAGGCACCACAUCCAGCAGCAACACCGUCGUUGCUGGCCAGGAGAACUUUCCUGACACAGAUGAUACUAAAGCUGCAAAGGAGAGUGAGGAGAGACUAAGCCACAUAAUGCGAGCUCACAGCCGCCUGGAGUCUCGCUACAGCAACAGCUCGGGAGGAUCCUACGACGAGGAGAAGAGUGAGCCUCUGCCCCCGUACGCCAGCUGGUUGAUGACUGUCGUGGAGACCAAUCAGCCCCACCCUCUGCCCAUGCCUCUGAACGGAGGCUGCUGGGCCCCACUGGUGGACUUCUUGCCAGAAACCAUCACUCCAAGAGGACCACUGCACAGGUGUAACAUCGCAGUCAUCUUCAUGACAGAGAUGGUGGUGGACCACAGUGUGAGAGAGGACUGGGCGCUGCACCUGCCAUUACUGCUACAUGCCCUCUUUUUGGGUAUGGAUCACUACCGGCCCGAGGUGUUUGAGCACAGCAAACGUCUCCUCCUCCACCUGCUCAUCACAUUAUCCUGCAACAACAACUUCCAGGUCGUCGCCUCUGUACUGCUGCAGACACGGGAGAUCAAUGGCAGCAAGACCCUGACCUGCAAGCCAAGCCUUCAGCCAGAGUAUUUAUCUUCAGGAGGCAGUUUUGACUUCCUGCGGGAGUGCCAGGUGUCUCCUGUGCCGGACUCUGGCCUGAGCUCCUCUUCCACAUCAUCCAGUCUGAGCCUCGGGGGCAGCAGCAACAACCUGCCUGAAAUCGCCCAGGAGGUGGAGGAGCUGGUGGCCUCCAAUGAAAUGGAUGAGAAGACUAAUAAGCUCAUCGAGUUCCUAACUACAAGAGCCUACGGGCCCCUGUGGUGCCAUGAGGACAUUUCAGCAAAGAACCAGAACUCCAAAAGCACUGAGCAGCUGAGCAACUUUCUGCGACAUGUGAUAUCUGUGUUCAGAGAGUCUAAGUCAGAUUUCCACCUGGAGCAGCAGCUCAGCGACGUGGCCCUGCAGACUGCCUUGUGCAGUUCAUCGCGGCACUACGCCGGCCGUUCCUUCCAGGUGUUUCGAGCUCUACGCCAGCCCAUCUCAGCCCACGCUGUGUCCGAUCUGCUCUCGAGGCUGGUGGAAGUGGUGGGGGAGCAUGGAGAAGAAGUGCAGGGCUAUGUAAUGGAGGUGUUACUCACACUCGAGUCUGUGGUGGAUAACUUGGCAGAGUGUCUCAAGAACAGUGAUCUCAUGGCUAUCUUGACAAGAGCAUCAUCUCCAGAUUUCCUCACCAAUGGCAAGUUGACAUGCAACAGAAAGAGCACAGGGCAGCUCAAUCUUAGAGGAAUUGAGAGGAGCCGACAUCAGAGGAGCUCCUCUGUCCCCAAGAAGUUUGGGGAGGCAGACAGGUUCUCCGACCCGCCUCGCAGCGCCACAAUGGACCGUAUCCAGGCCUGUGUUCACCAGGGUGGCUUAGCCAAGGCCCGCAGCCCGUCCGCCUCUAAAGACAACAUCACCGACCCAACCAACAUCAACCACCCCAGUAACCUGUUGGCCACCAUCUUCUGGGUGGCAGUGUCCCUGAUGGAGUCAGACUUUGAGUUUGAGUAUCAGAUGUCCCUGAGGCUGCUGAACAAGCUGCUGGGCCACGUCUCGCUGGACAAGCAAGAGAACAGGGAGAAGCUGGAGAAACUGCAGAGUCAGCUGCAGUGGAGCAGCUUCACCGGGCUCCAGCAGCUGCUGCUGAAGGGCUUCACCUCUCUGUCCACCACCGACCUCACCCUGCAGCUCUUCUGCCAGCUCACACCUGUUUCACGAGUGCCUGUGGUGGACACGUCACAAGCCAUAGGUUUCCCCUUGAAUGUGCUCUGCCUGCUCCCUCAUCUCGUACAGAACUUUGAUGGCCCAACGCAGUUCUGUCAAGAUGUUGCCGAGAGGAUAUCCCAGGUUUGCCUUGAGGAGAAAAACGCUAAACUCUCCAACCUCGCUCAUGUCAUGACCUUGUACAAAACGCACUCCUACACACGAGACUGCUUCUCCUGGGUCAACGUGGUGUGUCGGUAUCUUCACGAAGCCUUCUCUGACAUCACCCUCAGCCUGGUCACCUACAUGGCAGAGCUUUUGGACAAAGGUCUUCCCAGCAUGCAGCAGACACUUCUACAGAUCAUCUACAGUCUCCUGAGUCACAUGGACCUGAGCGGCAUUCAGGCCAAACCUUUCAACAUAGAGGUGCUCAAGACCAUCGAGAAAUUUGUCCAGACUGCCCAUUGGAGGGAAGCGCUAAAUAUCCUGAAGCUGGUGGUUUCUCGAUCGGCCAGUCUAGUGCAGCCUUCGUCCCCGCAGAGUGACCUCUUCUACGAGGACGUCAGCCGCGUCUGGGACCGGUCCUCCAAGGCCCUGCCUGGGAAAACGCUGGAUUUCCACUUUGACAUAUCUGAGACGCCGGUGAUUGGUCGGCGGUACGAUGACCUGCAGGGCUCCCCAGGGCAAGAUGGGAAAAGCAGGGCCAUAGCAGUGACCCGCAGCACCUCCUCUACCUCCUCUGGGUCCACUUCCAACAACGUCCUGGUGCCUGUCAGCUGGAAGAGGCCACAGUCUUCACAGAAAAGAACGCGGGAGAAAUUGGUUAAUGUCUUAUCUUUGUGUGGACAAGAAGUGGGGCUCACAAAAAACCCUUCAGUGAUCUUCUCCAGCUGUGGAGAUCUGGACCUCAUAGAGCACCAGCCCAGCCUGGUGUCCUCUGAGGACGGGACGCGGGAACCUGACAACAUGGACGACACCACCUCAGAGCAGCAGUUCAGAGUCUUCAGGGACUUUGACUUCCUGGAUGUGGAGCUGGAAGAUGGAGAGGGAGAGACUAUGGACAACUUCAACUGGGGUGUGCGGAGACGCUCCAUGGACAGUCUGGACCAGAGUGACCUGCAGCCCCUGGAGGAGAGCCAGCUGUCCAGCAGCAUGCCCAGCCUCAGCAAGAUCACCCACGAAGACUCAGACGAAUCGUCCGAGGAAGACUCCCUCACUGCCAGCCAGAUCCUCUCCCACUCACAACUUAUUGUCAACCUUUCUCCGACCUCAGAGAUCAAUAAUAUGGACUCUCGCUCUGCCUCCUUUGACGCAUCUUCAGCUGACCCACCUCCUCUGAACACCAGAAAUGCUAGUUUCGAGGUCCAACUGCCAGAGGACUCGAAGCAGCGGCUUGAGGUGUCGCCAGACGAUGAAGACAUCAACAGCCCUGAGGACGACCUCUCUCUCUCCAUCAGUGAGCUGCCACCUGAGUUUCAGUGCGGCGACGGCUUCACACUGGACCUGCUUCACGCUGAUUACAAAGGAGAGCUGGACCUCGACUGCUGUCUGCCCAGUCUUGCCGAGGAGGAGAGAGACGACAUGCUGGAGCCUCGUUCGUCCCCACCGCCGUCGCCCUUCUUCUCUGCCAUCCUCGCGGCUUUCCAGCCGGCGGUGUGUGAUGACGCAGAGGAGGCUUGGCGAAGUCACAUCAACCAGCUGGUGUCGGACUCAGAUGGAUCUUGUGCAGUCUACACUUUCCAUGUGUUUUCAUCAUUAUUUCAGAGCAUCCAGAACAAGUUUUGCUCCUUGACAUGCGAUGCUGUGAAUUACCUGGGUGAUGGACUAAGAGGAAUAGGAUCAAAGUUUCUGAGGUCAUCUCAGAUGCUGACAUCUUGCUCAGAGUGUCCAACCCUGUUUAUUGAUGCAGACACUAUUAUGUCUUAUGGACUCCUGGAAAAAAUGAAAUUCAGUGUAUUGGAGCUUCAAGAGUAUCUUGAUACUUACAACAACAGAAAGGAAGCAGCUCUCUCUUGGCUGAGCAACUGUAAGGCCACCUUUCCCAGGGGUGCUGGAGGCACAGUGGUAACGUGUCAACCAGCGGAGCAUGAGGAAAAGCAACUGGAGCUCUGUCAACGACUCUACAAACUCCACUUUCAGCUGUUGCUGCUUUUUCAGUCCUACUGUAAGCUGAUUGGUCAGAUCCACGCAAUUAACUCUAUUCCUGAGCUGUCAAAUAUGUCCCGAGAGCUGAAUGAGUUGAAGGGCAGCCUGAGGGUAGCAGCAGCCUCAGUACCAAACGAUGAUGCGGCUGCCUGUGACAGUUCCUGCUCUGAGCCCACCUUCAGCUCCUCUGAGGUCGCUGUGCAGGCCAUCCUGGAGGGUCUGAAGAAUGGCGAGUUCCUGACAGCCAUCCGUUCCAUCCGCGAGUGCAGACGGAUGUGGCCUAAUGACAUCUUCGGCAGCCACUCUGAGGAUGAGAUCCAGACCCUACUGAAUAUUUACUUCAGACAUCAAACCUUGGGUCAGACGGGAACUUUUGCUCUGGUGGGCUCAAAGCAGGACCUUUCAGAGAUCUGUGUCAAGCUGAUGGAACUCAACGGAGAGAUUCGGGACAUGAUCCGACGAGCACAGGGCUACCGAGCCAUCACAACCUUCCUCCCAGAUUCCAGUGUUUCAGGCUCAAGUCUGUGAUGGCGGCCUUGAAGCUCGUAUCCUGUCCCAUGCUCAGCCUUUGGUCCUGUGUGGGGCUGCUGCUGUCGUCUCAGAGGUUACCAAGCCCUCAGCUCUCACCUGGGAAUAUCAAAACUUCAUUGUCUGUACUUACUCAGAGUAAAGACACAUCAGAAUGUCAUUAUUUUCAGAUCUUCAGAUGUGCAGCAAUACUGUUGGGUUGAGUGAGAUGAGAGACUUUGCUACAGCAAAGAUACUUAGGCUUUUAUUGCACUAAUAAUAAAUAAUGUCACAAAGCGACCACUUGCUACUGAGGUCAACAACUUUCACAUUUGACAAAUGACAUACCAAAGCUAAGUGAUUCUCCUUCAUUUAUGUUGUUUUAAUUUUCAAGGGAAAAUGUGCAAUGCUUCACGGAAGUGGACGACUUUUACUGUAUCCUGAAAGAAUGUAUUUGAAUUUCAGAGCUUUUGGCUCACAUGAAAAUUCUUCGAACAGGAAAAGGGAGGCUUCAUUGCUUGGUUAAAGUAAAGUGUAUGUGUGUGUGUGUGUGUGUGUGUGUGUUUGUGUGUGUGGAUGUGUGUGUGAACUUCAACCUGACGACCAUCGUGGAUGGAAUUAUGGAUACUGAUUUGCAUAAUAUUGUACACAUUCAACUACUCUGACAUGCUGCAGAUCUACUGUAAUGUUUCACAGACCUAGAUGCCGCUGUGUGGUUUAUCUGUUAUACUUAAAAUAUCUUACUGUAUCUUUUUACUGUGCAGCUUUUAGCAAAUAGAGAAAUUAUUUAUAUUAUUUGCAAAAGAUAAACAUGGUUUUAACUGACUAGUUUUAUAGAAAACAAAUGUUUUGUUCCAUCUGUUAAAACUGCCAAGCAUGCAAAUUGUAUGCACUAUAAAGUGUAAUAGUAAUAUUUAUGAACAUAUAAUAAACUAUUUUAACUGAAAAAUUGUACAUAGUGCAAUGGGGGCUUUGCUCAGACUUAUAAGAUUGUAUUUUUAUGAAUUUAAUUUACAAUUUGAGUUGCAUGUAGACUGAGAGAAAGACAUAUUUGUAAAGCUUCCAUAGGAACUGUUGAUGUAGCCUUUCACCUUGUAAAUACUACUGCCUUUGCAAUGUACUGUACUUUGGUGUUCUGUACACUUCUGUAACAAUAAAGAAAAAAACUACAUUUGUUAA